AAAACUGGACAAUAUCUCUUCUUUCAUAGUGGUAGAAGUGUUCAGAAAGUGACAGGCAGAAUGGAUAAAUUCCGAAUGAUCUUCCAGUUCCUUCAGUCCAACCAGGAGUCAUUCAUGAAUGGUAUCUGUGGUAUCAUGGCUCUUGCCAGUGCACAGAUAUAUGUGGCUUUUGAUUUCAAAUGCCCAUGUUUACCUGGCUAUAAUCUGGCCUAUGGGAUGGGUAUCCUGUUUGUACCACCUCUUGUCUUGUUCUUAUUGGGCUUCGUGAUGAACAACAAUGUCUCCAUGUUAGCUGAAGAAUGGAAAAGACCUACGGGGAAACGGCAGAAAGACCCAGCUGUUUUGCGUUACAUGUUCUGCUCCAUGACGCAGCGGGCCAUGAUUGCUCCUGCUGUCUGGAUUUCUGUCACACUGCUUGACGGAGAGUGCUUUGUGUGUGCCUUCUGCACCUCUGUGCCCAUAGAGAAGCUGGGAAAUGACAGCUACACAGGCCUAUCUGAGAAAGCAAUGAUGAGGAUUCUGGCCCAGAUUCCCUGCAAAGAAAUUUAUAGUGGACAGGAACUUAUAGCCAGAGAAGUGGCAAUCAGGUACCUGCGCUGUAUUUCCCAGGCAAUGGGCUGGACAUUUGUGCUUCUGAUGACCUUGCUGGCAUUCCUGGUUCGAUCCUUGCGCCCCUGCUUCACCCAAGCUGCCUUCCUGAAGAGCAAGUACUGGUCCCACUACAUUGACAUUGAACGCAAGCUCUUUGAUGAGACUUGUACAGAGCAUGCAAAAAGCUUUGCUAAAGUUUGCAUCCAGCAGUUUUUUGAAGGCAUGAACAAGGACCUAAGCAUGGGCCACUCACACUUUCCUGAGAAGGCACCUUCAGAAACUGGAGAGGAGAAGGAAAAACUACUGGGCAUUAUGGACCAAAGGACUAUGAAUAAACUUCUGAAGAACUGGCAUAAAUGUAAGCCCCCACUAUGCCUCAACCAGGAGGUGCUACAGAAUGGCUGGGCAGGAGAAAUCAUACAGUCUCAUGUGCCUAAGAGAGAGUAUGCUGCAUAUUACAGUAAAGUCUGAGGAUGGAUUGGGAAGCAAACAGAAAACAGGCUUCACUGCAGAGAGCUCCUUGGGAAUGAAUGCUCUUUAAACAAGGAAGUCCUGUAGUAGGUCAGAUGGCAUGAUGGUUGCAUCUGGGACAUCUAUCCAGAAGAAUUCUUCAUUCCUUUUCAAUGGGCAGAAAAUUAUUGAAGACACUUAAAUGUAGUAAAACAAAUAAACAUGGAAAGUACAUGGCAACAGAACUGCUCUGAAAGAAAGAAGAUGCUGGAGAGGCACCUCAAAUCAGAUGGCUGCUGGGAUCAAACUGGAUAGAUAGCAAGACUAAGACGUGCUCAGUGGUACAGCUCAUUCACUCAGGAUUGCUUUUAA